CUUCGAUUGUUUUGUUUAUUUUGCGGAGUAAGUGCAAAAAAAAGUUAUGAAAAUUACUUUUUUAUUUUAUUAUAAUAAAUAAGUACUUACUUGAACCUACUGUAAUUGAGAAUGCACAAGUUUAAUGGAAAUACCAUUUAAACAAAAAAGAGAAUAUGUCAGGGAACUCAUUAGAGACAAGGUCAUCGCACCCAUCAUUAUCUCAAGUAGAAGCCCUAGUAUCCUAUCUGGAGACUCGGCCGGACUUGGCUAGGGGCUUCAAGAAAACCCAGGGGCAGCGGGAACGAGCGCAGAAGGAUUGGUUACGGAUUAGUCAGAAGUUGAACAAUAUGCCCGAAGGCACAGUGAAGACUGUAAAAAGGUGGAUGAAGUAUUGGAGCGAUAAAAAAAAUGCUGUGAAAAGGAAACAAGUUAAUAUAGAGAAAUGCCGACAAAGUGGUGAACAAGAAAUACUCGAACUCUCCGAGAUUGAAGAACGAAUAUUAACUUUAAUAAAGACUCCUACGCCUCGGGGUCAUAAAGGAUUCAAAACAGAGCCAGAUGAACAAGUUGAAGUAGAGAGUUCUGAGAAUGUUAUUGUAUCAUCUAUCUUGUUGGACGAAGAAAUGGGAGAUGAGACACAUACUGAAGAAACUAAUGAAGACGAAGACACAUUUCUGACAAAUUUCGUUGACACAAAUCGGAUACCGCAUUCGAACGGAGAAAGCGAAAGCACGCCUAAAGUUUCCAGUUCGAAAUGGAGCCGUUUCAAAGUGCCACAAAAAAAACAAGAGUCGGGUCAAUGGUUUUUUUUGGUCGCGGACAAACUGUGCAGGAUCGAACAACAGAGAUUGGAGUUGGACAGGCGAAUAGUGAAUGUCAUGGAGCGGAAUAGCGAGAGGUAUAAUAGUUGGGAUCACAUGAUAGCGGAGGCUGUCAAAGCUAUGGGUGAAGGUUUAAAAGCUUUAGCAGAGGCAAUAUCAAGGAAUUGAUGCGGUUUUGGGAAAAAGCAUAGUUGACAGAAAACGGCUUUACCGGACAUAAACAUAUAUACAAACAUACAUAGUCACGUCUAUAUCCUUUGCGGGGUAGACAGAGUUGACAGUCUUGAAAAUACUGUUAGGCCCUGUUUGGCUUUAAGAUAGAAUUGAGAUUCAAAUAGUGACAGGUUGCUAGCCCAUCGCCUGAAAAAAGGAAUCCCAAGUUAACAAGCCUAUCCCAUAGUCGCCUUUUACGACAUGCAUGGGAAAGUGAUGGAAUGGUCCUAUUCUUUUUUGUUUUGGUGCCAGGAACAAAUUUUAUACACGGCAACAAAUUUUAUUAAUAAGAUGACAUGUCAAGGAAUAUAAUUUAAGUUUAAUUCACAUUUUAUUUAUGUAUGUUUAUCAUUUAUUAAUUUGUAAUUAAUUGGUUAUUGUAACGCAUCUACAAUGCUUUUUAUUGUGCGUUGCCUCUUUGAUUCCGGAUUUUCCUUUUUUAUUUUGGUUGACUGGAAGAAAUUCCAAUCGGGAUAAGUACGUCAUUGUACAUGUUCCUCUAAAUCCAAUGACUGUUUUGCAUACAUACAUACAUACAUAUGAUCACGUCUAUAUCCCUAGCGGGGUAGACAGAGCCACCAGUCUUGAAAAGACUGAUAGGCCACGCUCAGCUGUUUGGCUUAGUGAUAGAAUUGAGAUUCAAAUAGUGACAGGUUGCUAGCCCAUCGCCUUAAAGAAGAAUCCCAAGUUUAUAAGCCUAUCCCUUAGUCGCCUUUUACGACAUCCGUGGGAAAGAAAUGGAGUGCUCCUACUCUUUUUUGUAAUGGUGCCGGGAACCACACGGCACUGUUUUGUAUUUUGUUAUAUUUAUUUUUAUGUACAAUAAAGAGUUUACAAACAAACAAACAAGUUUUUAGAAAAAAUAUAACGACAGAAAGAAUGUCUUCAAAUAUUAUUCCUACUAGCUGUGCCCGCAACUUCGUCCGCGUGGAAUUGUUAUUUUGGGCAUCAUUGAAGCCCUCAAGGAGGAAUAAUUUUCCCCGUUUUUUUUUCACCUUUUUCCAUUAUUUCAUCGCUUUUAAUAGUUGCAGCGUGAUGUUAUAUAGCCUAAAGCAUUUCUCGAUAAAUGGUCUAUUAAACGCAAAAAGAAUUUUUCAAUUCGAACCAGUAGUUCCUGAGAUUAGUGCGUUCAAACAAACAAACUCUUCAGCUUUAUAAUAUUAGUAUAGAUUAAAAAUACUAAGAAGGCUUAAUAUUACUACUAACGCAUAAUUAAAAGUACGCACCUAAUAAAUAUAGUAUAUAAUUGGGAUUCCUCUUUCAGUCUAUGUGCUAGCAACCUGUCACUAUUUGAAUCUCAAUUCUAUCAUGAAGCCGAACAGCUGAACGUGGCCAUCAGUUUUACGGGGCUGCUGGCUCUGUCUACCCCGCAAGGGAUAUAGACGUGAUUAUAUGAAUGAAUGAAUGAUUAUAUUCAAUCAGUGUCACAUAAUAGAGUGACGCUUACUACUUAUAUUUAAUGCUAAAAUUGUUAAAAUAAAGUUUUUUACCAAUGCAACAAUAGGAACAAAUAAACACUUCAUAUUAUUAAAAAUCUUUAUUUAACUUCAACAGCUUGGU